GGUAAUUCGCCAGCCAGUAGGCAGGAUUUACUUUGCAGGCACGGAGACAGCAACAGAGUGGAGUGGCUACAUGGAAGGAGCAGUCCAAGCUGGAGAACGAGCAGCUCGAGAAGUCUUGAAUGCUCUAGGAAAAGUGGCCAAGAAAGACAUAUGGGUUCAAGAGCCUGUGUCCAUGGAUGUUCCAGCAUUUGAAAUUACCCACACUUUUCUGGAGAGGAACCUGCCUUCUGUUCCUGGCCUGCUAAAGAUCACUGGGUUUUCCACUUCUGUGGCUCUUCUCUACUUCAUGUUGCACAAGUUUAAACUGCUUCCACGAUUUUGAAGUUUUUCAUCCUCAGGCUUCCUGCUUGAUCAUUUGUAGCACCAUCACCAUCAAAAUGAAAAUGUGGAUGAAUGAUAGCCUGUGUCUUAGGCCAUUUAAGUGCACUUGAUUUAACCCUCCUCAGUUUAAUAUCAGUCUUUGUAAAGUGAUAACAAUCCAAAGAAUCACCUAGUUAAUUUCAAUGAGAUCAAGUUGCAUCCUGUUUGUUAGACUAAUUCAUGUUAGUUGAUAGAAUAAACCUUGUGUGUGCCUAUUUUAAAAAGGUGAAAUGUUUAUGAGGAAUAAUUUCUGGGUUCUGUUUUUCUUGCUUUUAAUGCAAAAUACUUAAUCAUUUAAGAAAUAAACCACUUGAUAUCGUGUCUUUUUUUUGUCAUUCCACAGACAUGUAGAGUAAAAUAGUGGCUAAAAUAUACCCUAGAUAUCCUCACUGACUAGUUCCAUGUGAGACAAACUACAAUAGACACUGUAUUUUCUGGACUGUAUCUAGACAUGAACAGGUGUUUGUCAGUAACAUUCUGUUCUGAUUUGAGGAAUGUACCCUUUUUUUUAAAAUGUGGAUUAUGGCUGUCUGAUCAAUUACGUCUCCAAGCUUACCUGUGUCUUCAACAUGGUUAAAUAUUAGCAUGCCAUUUUCUUCCAAGUACCAAAGGACACAUUAAAUUUUCUCUAUUGUUAUUUAUGAUACAGUCAAAUACAGAAAUGAAAUUAGGGCUCUAUGUGAAAACAUCACUUGUUUUAAUUAUGAGGUUUUAUAACAGAUAUCAAAUUGAAUGAUUAUAUAUAUUCAGACUCAGUUUUCCAUCUUAGGUGUUUUGUUGGUCCAGAAGGGUGCCUAUCUCUUCUCUUUCCCAUUUGAGAAACUGUCAAUAUUCAAAAGAAAAAAAAUCCGAAGGUUUCAACCACAAAGCACUUUCUUUUUUAAAAAAAUGUAAACCAUUUUAUUAUUUAAGAAGAAUUAAAAGAUUGCCAGCACAUGCCAGCCAACCCGAGUCUAUUAUACUGGCUGUAUCCUAAAUGCGGACCUCUGGGUGCUGCUGUGAAAGCUUGCGAUCUAGAUUUUCUGCCCUGCUUUAUCUUGUAAUUCAGAAGCAUUUUUAACUUAAAAAGUUUCAGGGAUAUCUUGGAUAUUCUCCAGUACAUAAGGAGUUGCCUUGAUUCAAAUAAAACUAUAGUGAGGAUUCUCAGCACUGAUAUGCUACACCUGUGUGUGUUAACUUACUAACUCAGUCCUGACAUACCCUAAAAUUAUUUAAAUAGCAGAAUUGGCAAGAAUUCUAACAAUAUUCAGAUUGUUAACAUUGAAAUAUUGAAUGUUGAAAACCUCCUAAGCUGGCAUUUUACCCCUUUCUACUUCUGAAAAAAAAAAAAAAAAACACAAAACUGUUAAUCUAUCCUGAUGAUAUCAACCCUUUUAAGUUAUAGUUUGUGUAUUAAAAUGAUUUCCAGUACAGAUGUGCUUAGACAUGUAAUGGGAGUUGAGAAACACCAUAUGUGAGAUUGUGUACCACAAAUACAACAUAGGUCUCUUUUUUGAAACAGAGAAACGAAAGUCAUUUUAAGAGGUUCAUAAUCCCCUUCCUAGUCCUGAAGGCGGCCUUCCUCCAUAGUUAGGAUGAGAAUUAGAUUUAAAAGUACACCUUUUUGUCACAGAUGUUAAAUAUGAUCUCGUAUUACACUGAAAAAAAAAUGUAAGCUUUAUCAAAGGACUGUGAAUUAUGUUUUGUUUGAUGGUUGUGAACAUGAUACCUAAUGUUCCAUGUUCAAAACUGGCCCCAGAGCUACAUGUAUCCAUAUGUACAAGAUUUGCCACUGAAUUAAGAUUUUGUCUGUAUGGUACUGGGUUUUGCUGUUGUUAUUAAUAAAAUGUGAUGCUAGUCUUCAUUCA